UUUUGAACCAAAAUGUAAGUGGUUUAUCUCAUAUAGAGUAUGCUUUGUUUCGAAAGCUCUGGGAGUCCAUAAUGCAACGGAGUUAAACAGCAUCGGCUUGAGGCAGCGAUGACAGGAAAACUGGAGAGGGUGAAAAACGGCAGGUGAAAACAGUCGCCUCGGUUCACAGAGGGAACGUCUUCGGCAUAAAAGUACAGAUCUACCCGAAAAAACGAAAAAGAAACAAAUAAAAUCAUGAUGAAGGAGGAAGAAGAGCCGAGGGAUGCCAAGAUAGUGAAAGCACUCCUGAAAUCAAUGGGAGUGGAGCACUAUGAGCCAAGGGUGGUCAACCAGUUCUUAGAACUGUGGUACAGAUAUGUUGCAGACGUUCUCACAGAUGCCCAAACCUUUUCCGAACAUGCAGGCAAGUCCGCCAUUGAUGCAGAUGAUCUCCAGCUUGCAGUUCAAUCCAAAGCCAAUUUCUCUUUCAACCAGCCUCCUCCCAGAGAGGUUUUACUUGAGCUCUCUAGAACUAGAAACAGGAUUCCAUUACCAAAGUCAAUUAGUGGCCCUGGCAUAGCAUUACCUCCCGAGCAGGACACACUUAUCAGUCCUAAUUAUCAACUUGAAAUUCCAAGAAAGGCAAACUCUCAAGCUAUUGAGGAGAUGGAAGUUGAUGAAGAAGAGGGUAAUAAAGUUGAUCCUGGGACAUCUCUUCAAGAGCAUAAGAUAGAUCGGGAUGCUGCUUCUCAGAGAAUAUCAUUUUCUCUCUCUGGAAAGCGUUCUAGAUAAAUUGCACUUUGUUUUCCUUGUAAUCCUCUUAUCUGUAAAUGAAAGUUCAAUAGACCAUAUCAGAUGGAAAUCAGUCUUCCAGCAGUCUUAUUUCUGGUAAGAAUUUUAUGUGUUUCUCCUUAUCCUUUUUUGAUGGAUCGAGCACUUCCAUGAAAGAAUUCAUGGAUUUUGAUAUAUUCUUAAAGAACCAGAAUGCAGAUCUAUAGAUUUUGAAGUCUAGUUUCAUUA